GAUACAGCAGAUUACAAGGAUGAGGCUUGCGUUACGUUACGUUUGUUGAAUGAGGUCUGGAAACCCAGACACGCAGUGAAAGUGGCUGAUGCAAAACACAUCAAAAUAAUGUGUAAUGUCCUCAAGCGCUCAAACACCAAACAUAUCGCGUGUACUAUUGCCUUAAUACAUUCUGUCUUGAAAGCAUGUUCUGUUCUAAAAGCUGGUUUCCAGCUGCAGCGGGCGAAGGACUUAAUUAAAGAGUCGAAAGCUUAUGAGUAUAUCGCAGAAUGUACCCGUGAAAAUAUUUUGAUAAACGAGUUGGCUGCCGAAAUGUGCACUCUUCAUUUAGAUGACGUGAAAAUAGAUUCAAAUGAAAACCAUACAGAAAUAUCGCAUGCUCAAAAUUCAGGAUCUUCGAAAACUGAAAUUUGUGUAUCUCAAAUGGUUGACGAUUCACAAGCGACAACAUCACAUUCUACUGAUUGA